AUGACUUCCUGGAAGACUCCCAAGCUGACCUGGUUCAUCACCGGGGCCGCAUCGGGAUUUGGCCUAGAGCUCACUCGGCUCGCCCUGACCAACGGCCAUAAUGUCAUUGCAACCUCACGAAAUCCAGCCAAAGUCCCUGACUUAGUCUCUGAUAUUGAGAGCAAGGGCGGUCGUUGGCUGAAAUUGGAUGUUGACGACCCCAAAGGUGGCCUUGUCAUCGAGACUUUGGAGAAAGAGGGUACGGGGAUUGACAUUUUGGUCAACAACGCCGGCUGGUCCAUUCACGGCCCCGUUGAGAGCUUCCCGGAAGAUGAGGUUCGACGCCAAAUGGAGACAGUCUACUUUGGACCAUACCGCCUUAUUAGGGCCGUGCUACCUCAUAUGCGACAACGACGUCAAGGGCUGAUUCUCAACAUCGGAUCGGGUGCCGGGGUGGGUGGUAGAGAAAGUAUGGGUAUCUACGCCGCUGCCAAGGCUGCGAUGGAUGGCCUUACAAGGAUCCUAGCCCGCGAGGUUGCUCCUUUCAACAUCCGUACCUUGACGGUCCAGCUUGGAGGGUUCGAUACCAACUUCACCAAUGCUCUUCGUCUAUCAUCUGUACCCUUCCCACAAGAGUAUCUUGGCGGUAGAACAGACCAAGUGGCCCACAGCUUACUAGGAAGUAACUACAAGGCCGAUGGUGAUCAUCGCAAAGCCAGUCAAGUCAUCUACGAAGUGGCCAUGGGCGAAGGCCGAGGAGAAGGAAAAGAGGGCGAACGAGUAAUGCCACUAGGAAGAGAUAUGCUAUUGCUCAUGAAUAAUGUCUUCAAGGACAUGCACCAUCAAAUCGAGACGUUCCGAGACAUUGGAAACAAUGUUUAUCUUGAUAAGCAGUAG